GGGCUGCCCCUGCACCCCGAGUGGGCUGCCCUGGCUGAAAAGCAGCUGAAAGGCAAGAAUCCAAAGGAUUUAAUUUGGCGUACCCCGGAGGGCAUCGACAUCAAGCCCUUAUACUCCAAAAGGGACACGGAGGAUCUCCCCGAGGAGCUGCCAGGGGUGAAGCCCUACACUCGAGGGCCUUACCCGACCAUGUACACGUACAGGCCGUGGACCAUCCGCCAGUAUGCUGGCUUCAGCACAGUGGAGGAGAGCAAUAAGUUCUACAAGGACAACAUUAAAGCUGGCCAGCAGGGAUUAUCUGUUGCCUUUGAUUUAGCCACCCACCGUGGUUAUGAUUCAGACAACCCACGAGUUCGAGGAGACGUUGGGAUGGCUGGAGUUGCCAUUGAUACAGUGGAAGACACCAAAAUCCUCUUUGAUGGAAUUCCUUUAGAGAAAAUGUCUGUGUCCAUGACUAUGAACGGGGCAGUCAUCCCCGUGUUGGCAAACUUCAUUGUCACUGGAGAAGAGCAGGGAGUGCCCCAGGCCAAGCUGACAGGGACAAUCCAGAAUGACAUCCUGAAGGAGUUCAUGGUCCGAAACACCUACAUCUUCCCCCCAGAACCAUCCAUGAGGGUUAUUGCUGACAUCUUCCAGUACACCUCAAAGUAUAUGCCAAAAUUCAAUUCCAUUUCCAUCAGCGGGUACCACAUGCAAGAGGCAGGAGCUGACACCAUUCUGGAACUGGCUUACACUAUAGCAGAUGGCUUGGAGUACUGCAGAACUGGCCUCAAAGCUGGCCUUACCAUUGAUGAAUUUGCACCAAGGCUCUCCUUCUUCUGGGGAAUAGGCAUGAACUUCUACAUGGAAAUAGCCAAGAUGAGAGCUGGGAGGCGGCUGUGGGCUCACUUGAUAGAGAAAAUGUUUAAGCCCAAGGAUGCCAAAUCCCUUCUGCUGAGAGCUCAUUGUCAGACUUCAGGCUGGUCACUCACUGAGCAGGAUCCCUUCAACAACGUGAUCCGCACGACGGUGGAGGCGCUGGCGGCCGUCUUCGGGGGCACCCAGUCCCUGCACACCAACUCCUACGACGAGGCCCUGGGCCUGCCCACCGUGAAGAGCGCCCGCAUCGCCCGCAACACGCAGAUCAUCAUCCAGGAGGAGUCGGGGAUCCCCAGGGUGGCAGACCCCUGGGGGGGAUCCUACCUCAUGGAGUGCCUCACCAACGACGUCUAUGAAGCUGCUUUAAAGCUUGUUGAGGAGAUAGAAGAAAUGGGUGGAAUGGCCAAAGCUGUCGCUGAGGGGAUCCCCAAACUUCGUAUAGAAGAGUGUGCAGCACGAAGACAAGCCAGGAUUGACUCUGGGUCUGAAGUGAUUGUUGGAGUAAACAAGUACCAGCUAGAAAAAGAAGAGACAGUUGAAGUUCUGGCUAUUGACAAUACUUCAGUCCGUAACAAGCAGAUUGAGAAGAUCAAUAAGGUGAAGGCUACUAGAGAUCAAGCAGCAGCCCAGCAGUGUCUUGAUGCACUUACACAGUGUGCAGCUACUGGGGAAGGCAACUUACUUGCACUUGCAGUGGAAGCAGCACGUGCAAGGUGCACUGUUGGGGAAAUCACAGAUGCAAUGAAGAAGGUGUUUGGGGAGCACAAAGCCAGUGACCGAAUGGUGAGCGGAGCUUAUCGCCAGGAGUUUGGGGAGAGUGAUGAAAUUCUUCACGCCAUCAACAGGGUUAACAAGUUCACGGAUCGUGAGGGGCGCAGGCCUCGCAUACUGGUUGCAAAGAUGGGUCAAGAUGGCCACGACAGAGGAGCUAAAGUUAUUGCUACAGGAUUUGCAGACAUUGGCUUUGACGUGGACAUAGGUCCCCUCUUCCAGACUCCUCGAGAAGUGGCCCAGCAGGCGGUCGAUGCAGAUGUGCACUGUGUUGGUGUGAGCACGCUUGCAGCAGGACAUAAAACUCUUGUGCCUGAACUCAUCAAAGAACUCAACGCCCUUGACAGGCCAGACAUUCUUGUCAUGUGUGGAGGUGUCAUCCCACCUCAGGAUUACGACUUCCUGUACGAAGCCGGCGUUACCAACGUCUUCGGUCCAGGCACUCGGAUUCCCAAGGCUGCUGUCCAAGUGCUGGAUGACAUUGAGAAGUGCCUGGAGAAGAGGCAGCAGUCUAUGUAA